AUGACUCAAAGCAACCAGACCAUCGUCACCGAGUUCAUCCUCCUGGGAUUUUCCCACCUCCCCGAGCUGAAACCGCUGCUCUUUGUGUUGUUCCUGGGAAUGUUCCUCAUCACCCUGGUGGGCAAUAGCCUCAUCAUCUUUGUCACGAUGACCAGCUCCGCCCUCCGCAGCCCCAUGUACUUCUUCCUCCGGAAUCUGUCCCUGCUGGAGAUCUGCUACUCCCUGGACAUUGUCCCCAGACUUCUGAUCGACCUGCUUGCCGACCGGAGGCGGAUCUCACUCCCAGCCUGUGCCCUCCAGCUUCUCCUGAUCCUGUCCUGCGUCACGUCAGAGUGCAUCCUCCUGACCGUAAUGGCGUUUGACCGGUAUGUUGCAAUCUGCCAACCACUGCGCUACGGGGCCUUAAUGAGCCCCCGCCUCUGCCUUUGGUUGGCAGUGGGCACCUGGAUGGCGGGGGUCCCCGUCUCCCUGGCAUUCACACUCUGGCUGUUCAGCUUUCCCUUUUGUGGGCGGCAGGAGAUCCACCAUUUUGUAUGUGACAUCUCCCCGCUGUUGAGGCUGGUGUGCGCCGACACGGGGGUGUUUGAAACCCACGUACUGGCUGCUACCAUCUUGGUCGUGCUCGUCCCCUUCGCACUGAUCGCCGUGUCCUACGGCCGCAUCCUCUCUGCUGUCCUCGGGGUGCGCCUGGUCUCUGGGAGGAGCCGGGCCUUAUCCACCUGCACGUCCCACCUGCUUGUUGUCGCUCUGUUCUAUGGCACAGCUGGGGUCAUUCACCUACAGCCCAGGGCCAGCUACUCCCCGGAGAGCAAGGAAUUGGUGUCCCUCUCCUAUACGGUGGUCACCCCCAUGUUGAACCCCAUCAUAUACAGUCUGCGAAAUGAGGAGGUCCGGGUAGCCCUGUGGAGGAUGUGGGGCAAGAAAAAGAGGAGCCGGACCAGCUAG